AUGGCGAGAAGAGAUCCUCCAGACGAUACCUCAGUCGCGACCCUGGAAUCUAUUGACGUGGAUUGGCGCAUCCCUUUAAUCAAUUAUCUCAAGCAUCCUGAUCAGACCACAGAUAGAAGGAUUCGCUAUCUUGCCCUCAACUACUUCCUCAGAGGAGAUGAACUUCGCAGACGAGGAGAAGAUAGCGUGGAUUUCAGAUGUGUUUAUGGCCACGAAGCGAAACAACUCAUGCGUGAAGUUCAUUCUGGCAUUUGUGGCGCCCACCAAGCAGAACCUUUGAAGGAAGCAUAUGGUGGCACAUUGCGACAAUUCCUAUUCAGAAACAUCAUCUGCAGAUUUGGGAUCCCAGAAGUUUUUGUUUCGGACCGGGGGGCAGCUUUCAUGGGUGGUGAAGUUGAUAAACUGACAAGAGAAUGGGGAAUACAGUUCAUCCAUUCCAGUCCUUAUUAUGCUCAGUCUAACGGUCAAGCGGAGGCCAGUAACAAGAUCAUUAUCAAUUUGCUGAAGAAAAUGUUGGAAUCUAAUCCACGACAGUGGCAUGAGACACUUUAUGAAACUCUUUGGGCAUACCGCACCUCUAAGCGGAAUCCCACCGCGACAACACCUUAUGCUUUGAUGUUUGGCCAUGAUGCAGUCCUGCCGUUGGAAGUCCACGUCCAAUCAUUACGAGUUCAAGAGCAACAUCAUCUCAUUGGAGAAGACUACGUUCAGGCUAUGUGGUAG